AUGGUCUACAUCGAAGGCUUCCUGACUGAGUUCGAGUCUGAUUAUCUCAAACAACUCGCCAACCCCCUCUACGAGGAGUCCGAAGUGCGCAAGUAUGAAGAUGAUGGCUCCAAGACAGUCAACAUCGACAGAAACCACCGCAAAAGUGAUACAGCAUGGCUCCCCUCCGAGGACCCCGUCGUCUCUUGCGUGCGCGAGAGGGCCGCCGAGUUCGAGGGCUAUGCUCCUGCCAACGGGACGAUGGACGCUCUUGCUGCCGUCCGGUACAAGCCCGGCGGUCGUUUCGGGAUGCAUCACGACUGGGACACGGACCGCAAGAAAGAUGUAGACAGACCUUGGGGAAACUCCAAGAGGUUUGGGCGUCCUUGGUGUCGGUGGACGGACUGCGACUUUGAGGGCGACGGAGUUGCCGUGAGACCCAUCAAGGGCAACGCAUUGUUCUGGGUCAAUUUCAGGGAGGAUGGAACUGGAAUCCACGAAACUAUUCAUGCCGGGCAGCCGCUGCUAGAAGGCACCAAGAUCGGGAUGAACAUAUGGACCCAUGGCUUGAUCGGUGCAGAGGGCGGCGGUCUACGAGAUGAUUGA